AUGAAGAGGUUGAUCACACUAGGUCUUUUAAUCUGUAUCCUGAUGCUGGGCUGUGUGGCUGAUCCUGGAGUGCAGAGUAAUGCAACUAGUAUCAGUACGAGUACGAGUACUUCCAGGUAUUGUCAGCCAAGUGGCGGAUAUUGUCGAUUUCAUACGGAUUGCUGUUUGGGAAAGUGCAUGCAAGUGCCCGCAGAAUGUCGCUGA